AUGUUAAGUUUUCAAGUGAUCUUCUUCCUGGGUCUGAGCAGCGGGCUGUUCACCGGAGCGAUAGCUGUAAGAAAAACUUCCUUAAACUUUCUUUAGAUGUUUGUCAAGGGUCACUGAAUAAUGAACAAUUUGGGUCCAUGAUGGGAAAGUCACUGAGCUACAGGGCCUUAGAGAUUUUUGCAUCUCAGUUGGACAUCAUUUCACACAGACUCACUUAAAGAAAGACUACUGCAUGGUAGAGUUGACUCCAUCUGCAGUUGAUGGCCUUCCUGCAAGAGGGCAGAGCUGACCAGGAUCCCACGCUUCAUAAAAGCUGAACUGUCGCUUUAUUACAAACCAGCUGAUGUAGUAAAUUUUGCAAGAGUCAAGUCAGUCAAACUAAUUAAAUAAUGUGCUGUCCGUGUUUUUAGAUGCCGGUCCAACAAGAUGAGCCUGGUAAGUCAAAAUGUUUUCGGAUUUGUCUGGUUCUUCUACAUUUUCAUCAUUUCAACAAAUGUGACAUUUUGACUUACAUUAUUUUCUCUAACAUCACAUCUGUGCACCAGCGCCUGCUUGUCCUCCUGGUUGGACCCAGUUAGAGUCCCGGUGUUUCAUUUUCUACCGUAUGCCAAAGUCAUGGACAGAGGCAGAGGUACGACGUGAUGACUACCAGCAGUUUUUGUGAAGUGUUUUACAGAGAAUUUAAAGAAUGUGUCAUUUACAAGGCUAAACUUUGUUCUUCUGAGCUGUUUUACAAAAACUGUGACAUGCAUUUGUGGUGCUUUAUCCAUGUGUUAUCUAUAAUGUCAAUGUCUAAGGGACCACUUCUUUAUUCCUCAUGCCCCUUUCUCGUUAUUUCUUCCUCAUUAGAGUGUCUGCAUCAAGAUUGGGGGGAACCUGGCCUCGAUCCACAACUCUGAGGAAAAUCUAUUCCUAAACAGGCUGACUGAAAGAGUGACAGGACAUGCAGGUUUACAUACUUGGAUCGGUGGCCACGAUGCAGUAAAGGUGAUUAAAAGAGCUUUAGAUCCUCUUAACCAAGGACUUCUCUUGGUCACUAACCAACAAAGUAUACCUCAUUUCUUUGAUCAGAUGAGUUAAAAAUUCAAGACAAUGACAAACAAAAACUGAGUAUUUGGAGUUACAGGCUGUAAAGUAAGUUGUUGAUAAAGUAAAUCAAAACCCUAAAUAACAUUUAAACAUUUUCACAGAAAAAUCUGUCAGCUGUCUACUGAAAGAAAUGAUUUUGUACUAUGUAUCCACUACAGCAGUGAGUUUAGUGAGUUAACACGGCUAAAACCACUACCUUGUUUAUUAUCUGUGCCUGACAAACUCCCAAUCUGUCUCUUACGCACAACAUAAUCUUGUCUUUUGUUAAAAUUUUGUAAUGAUAAUGUCAAAAAAUCUCAUCAAAUCCUUUUUCCAGGAGGGGAAGUGGAUGUGGAGUGAUGGCACAAAGUUUGACUAUCUGCGCUGGGGUCCCGGGGAGCCCAACAACUCGGGGACUGAGCACUGUAUUGAGAUGAACAGUGCAGGUAAACCUGUGACUACUUAACCUUGUAUGUAAACAGGGGGAAAAGGGAUGAUGGAGAAUCUGUUUUCUAGCGAAGGGUGCUGUUGUAUGAGGAUAAAUGCAUCUUAAAGUAUAUUGAUCAUUUUAACUAGGCUUGUCAAGUUUAGUCUUAUUGGUUUCUUGACACAGAGAUUUAAAUAUUUACUAUGCUAUUAAGUAAGGCAAUAACUUAAUUAAUUUAUUAAGGCUUUGUUUUUUAAUUUCUCCCCACAGGAACCUUCUGGAAUGACAGCAAAUGUCAGAGUUUGAAACCUUUUGUUUGUGCCAAGGACGUGGACGUAACUGCUUAA